GGCUGCUGGGGGCGGGACCGCGGGCUGGGUUAGGGCUGGUCGGCGGAGGGCAGAGAUGGAGGAGCCCGACGCGGCGCGGCUGCCCUCUCGCCUGGCCAGGCUGCUAUCCGCGCUCUUCUACGGGACAUGCUCCUUCCUCAUCGUGCUAGUCAACAAGGCGCUGCUGACCACAUAUGGUUUUCCCUCACCAAUUGUUCUUGGAAUUGGACAGAUGACUACCACCAUAAUGAUACUGUAUGUGUCCAAGCUAAAUAAAAUAAUCCACUUCCCUGAUUUUGACAAGAAAAUUCCUGGAAAGGUGUUCCCUCUGCCUCUUCUCUACGUUGGAAACCACAUAAGUGGCUUAUCAAGCACAAGUAAAUUAAGCUUGCCCAUGUUCACUGUGCUCAGGAAAUUUACAAUUCCACUCACUUUACUCCUGGAGGCCAUCAUACUUGGGAAACAGUAUUCGUUGAGCAUCAUCCUCAGUGUCUUGGCCAUUGUUCUUGGGGCUGUCAUAGCAGCUGGCUCUGACCUCACAUUCAACUUGGAAGGCUACAUUUUUGUAUUCUUGAAUGACAUCUUCACCGCAGCAAACGGAGUUUAUACCAAACAGAAGAUGGACCCGAAGGAGUUGGGGAAGUACGGAGUGCUUUUCUACAAUGCCUGCUUCAUGCUCAUCCCAACUGUUAUUAUUAGCGUCUCUACUGGAGACUUUCAGCAGGCCACUGAAUUCAGCCACUGGAAGAACGUUUUGUUUAUCGUACAGUUUCUUCUUUCCUGUCUUUUGGGGUUUCUGCUGAUGUAUUCCACAGCUCUUUGCAGUUAUUACAACUCAGCUCUCACCACGGCGGUGGUUGGAGCGAUCAAGAACGUAUCGGUUGCCUACAUUGGGAUGUUGGUUGGUGGAGACUACAUUUUCUCCCUCUUAAACUUUAUAGGGUUAAAUAUUUGCAUGGCAGGUGGUUUAAGAUACUCCUUUUUAACACUAAGCAGCCAGUCGAAACCUAAACAACCUGUGGAUGAAGAAAGCCUCCCUCUGGAUCUGAAGAGCUAGACUGCAGACAGAGCUGCAGGCCUAGGCUGGAAAAAGCAGCCCCAGCAGGAGUGGGCAGCCUAGAGGUCCCACCCAUGGGGCAGUCACCUGUUUGGUCAGAGCACAAAAAGGAAUGUCUGGGAAAUACAAAGAAAGCUACCUCAUACUGCACAAUGAGCCACAAGGAACCCAUGACUCCUGGUACAGAACCUUCCCAUCCAAGCGAAUUUGCUCAAAGUCAGCCGUGGGGCCCUCACUGUGUGCUGAGGAAGAUGUUUCCAAGGUGACUUUGCUUAUCAGCACCGUGGCCUUAAUUUUAAAGGUCCCGGCCAAGGAAAAGGAGGGAAAACUUUUUGCUGUUGAAACAUGUCUUUGUAAGAGUCGGUCAGUUUUGAUUUAUACUAUGUUGGUAUUUUUUUUUUCCCAAGUCAUCACAGUGAAAUAAAGUCAUUUCUAUAUGUGCCACACAGUAU